AUGAGCUCCGAAGAAACCAAUGCAAAUGUAAACAUUCAGGCUGAUAAUCCUGAACCUUCUGAAAUUAACCCUGCAGUUAGUGAUGGGGAAGAAGAAAUUACAUUAAUUGAAAAAUCACCAGAAAAACAAAAUGAACCUAAAACCAUUGAAUCAACUGAAAAACAAGAGGAUAAAAAUACUAAAAAUGCCACCAUAAGUGAAGUUAAAGUUAAGGAAUUGAAACCAACAUCGAGAUUUAAUACUCUAAAAGACGGUAAAAUCCAACCAAUGGAACUCGAUAAGUUAAUUAAUUUCGGUCCAUUGAAAGAGAUAGACACUAAUAGAGAAGAUGCUCUUAUUAUUGGUGACGUUACCUCGAUGAUUUUUAACUUGUACAAAAAUCUGGAUAUCAGAGACAUAGUUAAAGAUUUUGCAAUUCGAACUAAAAAGGCUAAAUCAAUCCUUGAAAUUCCAGUUGAGUGGUUCUUUUGUUAUUCAAUAGCAUUGGAUAAAGAACAAGACGUAUCAGAUGAUGAGAUUAAUGAUUCGGUCGUCUAUAGUGGAGAGUUUAAAAAGGUAUACGAGGAAGAAGUGAAAAAAGAGCUAAAGAAAAAGGUUCCACGCCAGAUUAAUAGUUUCCUAGGUAAAAUCGAGUGUCAAUAUUUGGAUCAUGUCUUAAACAGCUAUGAAAACGCAAGUCCACUGAAAAUGGAAAGAAUUCUGAGUGAGAUCUAUGCUGCUUGUUACAUUGAAGUAAAGGGUGUAGAGAUCAUUAAAACUAUUAUACCAAAAUUAAAAAAUAGUGCAGGAAUUGAGAAUGUGCGAAAGACAACCGACUUCUCUAGAUUUUUCGGCGGAAGUGUUUUCAAAACAAAAGUAUUCAAAUUUUUGAAAAAGAUCCAAAAAUCAACAAAUAUCGAACAUGAGAGUUUCAUAAAUGACUCCUGGACAACAAUAAUGAGGAAAGUUAAUGAAUGCGAAAUGAAUAUAUAUGAACUGUCUGAUUUAGAAGAAUUAAAGAAGAUUCCUUCCAUGAUAGCUCAUGCUGUAGUACAAGCUACUGAACUUCGUAUGACAAAAGAAACAAGUAAAACCUUAUUGAGUCCAAAUGUUCGAGAAUUUGUGAAUAGUAGAGAUCGAAACACCGAUGUAUCUUAUUUGCUAGGAAUCAUUCAACAAUUAUUCGCAGAUGUUAAAGACAUUCACAUGAAUUCGAGUGUAAUUUCCGAGCCCUCAACGGCAAAAGAAUCAACUAAACCGGUUGCUGAGAAUAUAACACCAGAAUCUUUAGUAGGCAGAGUUAAAGAAGACUCGAUUGAAUCGAAAAUAAAGGGAUUCUUUGAAUUACCUGAAGAUGAUCAAUUUUUCGUCUACAUGAAGAUUAAUAAAGAUUUUUCUCACAAGCUUUACAAGUUGAUUAAAGAUUUAAGUGAAGGCAAAAAGCUGGACGAUGGUCUACAAAAAGCUUAUAAGGCAAAUAAGUCGUUUAUUGAUUUCAGAGUUCAAAGAGAACAACGCCAAAAACAAAAGUCAAAGCGUGACGUUAAUAAGAAAUCAAACGAUCAACCUUCAAGCAGUUCUAAAGAUGAUCAAAGAAAACGUACGUUCAGUAGUCGGAAAGACCAAACACAAGAAGAUCAAAACAAAAAACCUAAAAUUGAAAGAAAUAAAGAAACUUCUCAAGAUAAUUCUGACGAUCCAGUAGAAAUUGUUCGUCAAGUAUUUAUCGGUACAACUGUAAAAGAAAAUGAUGAUAAUUCAUUCACAGUUGAGGAGUAUGAUAUGAAUAUUUCUAAUUUAUUACCAAAACUUGAGCAAGUGAUGCCUAUUGAUCCGUCUCAAGAUAAAAAUUUAAUUGUUCUUCAUAAAGAAGAAAAUGAGGUCAUCCAUUGUGAGAUUGAUCCAAUAAUGAUUCGACGUGUCUAUGACUGUCAAUCUAAUAAAGUUGUAAUCGAUACUGGUUCACAACUUAAUUUAAUCCAAAAUAAAGCGUUUUUUGUGGGCCAACCUGAAGAAUGUAAGAAAACAUUUAGAGGACCGCAAAAUGAAUCCAGAAUGAGUUAUGCAACUCUGCAUGGAAAAGCCAAAAUUGGAUGUGUUAACGGCAGUGAUAUUAUAGUUGAAUCUGCUUAUUAUUCUGACGAUAUUUGUGAGAAUAUUAUUAAUCCCAACUCAAUUCCUAAUGUUACCUUCAUUUCAAAUUAUAACCGUCCCAAAUUAAUUUGGAACAAUACUGGUGAAGAAUUUGAAACGGAAUUAAUCAAGUCCACUGAAAAACAUGCUUCAGUGAUAAUUGCUGACUUAUUUAAAUUGAUUCCUAAAGUUGGAAGGGUACAAGAAGGAAAUUCUGUUGAAUUUAUUAAGCAAAGCAUAAUGGCUCUGCACAAACAAGGACAUGUUAACUUUCGUGAAAUAAUUGAUAAUAUUAGACACGGAAAUAUCAGUAACAUUGAUCCGCAAUUAGUUAAAGGAGUUUCUCCUAAAAAUUUUAGUUGUGAAAGCUGUGAUUUAGCAAAGAUCACUAAUAAAUCUUUUUAUUCUUCGUACUCAAGAAUGAACAAGGUAGGCGAUCUUAUUCACGCUGAUUUAAUGGGACCGUUACCCGAAAGUAUUGGCAAGAGGUAUAAAUAUGUUGCUGUUUUUGUUGAUGAUAUGUCAAAAUAUAUCUGGAGCAUUCCACUCCAACAAAAGAGCGAGGCCACGAACCAAUUAAUUGCUUUAAUAACGGAAAUUGAACGUCAAUUUGAGACUAAAGUAAAAAUAGUACGCACUGAUAAUGGAGGUGAAUUUAAUAAUUCUGUUAUCAACGCUUUCUUUACUCAAAUUGGUAUCAAACAUCAACUCACAGUACCUUACGCUCAUCAGCAAAAUGGAACAGUUGAAAGAAGUAAUCGCACUAUUAUGAAUUUAGUACGGGCUACAAUGAUUGAAUCAAAUAUUCAUGAAGUAUUUUGGCCAUAUGUUGUUAAAUACGUGGUUCAUAUUAUAAACACUUCAUAUUUGAGAGAUCACCCUCUGAAAAAUAAGCGAUAUACUUCACAUACCCUAUUGACCGGUAAAAAGAUAAACAGGCACUCAAAUUAUAUUUUUGGAUCUGAUUGCAUUCUGUUUAUUCCGCAAGAAAGGCAAACGGGUAAAUUAACUGUUAGAGGACAAAAAGGUAUUUACCUUGGUUCCGCUGAAGAUACUAAAGGUAUUGUUGCAUACAACAUCCCACAAAAUAGGGUAGUUGUUGCCAUUGCUUAUAAAUUGAAUGACGGGAAUUUCUCGCAUAUUCAAGAUUUGAGAGAAUCUGCAAAACAGCUUACCAAUAUUUCUCAAGAAGACUUAUGGAAGCAAACCGAAGUAAAUAUUGUCUUUGGUGUGGAUUCGCAAGUACGAGCUGAAACAACUGAUAUUCCGUUGCAGGGGGGAAAUAGUAAUAGCCACCUGGGGUACCAACAGAACAUCAAUUAUUUUAAUCAGCUCAGCAAUCAAACUUCGAACGUUAAUAAAUCUGAUGAACUUCAAAGAAGAUUGAAUGAGAGAGAGACAGAGUUACAGACCCAAAAGCAAAAACUUGAAUCCAUUUCUAAUGCCUAUAGAGUUUCCGCUCAACAGAUCAGCAAUUUGAGAUCUAAAAAUGACCAGGAAAUAAGGGAAAUGGAGGAGAAAAUAAAAAGUAAAGACGAAGAGAUACAUAAGUGUACCCAAUCUUUACGAAGUCUGACUGAAAAAGUUAAUAAACUUGAAUCUCAACUCAAAGAAUCUCACGAACAGUCAGAACAGAUUAAAACGCUAGAAGAAACUAUUAAAUCUGAUAAAGCAAGUCGAGUUAAACUUGAAAAAGAACUAACCGAUAUCAGAUUGCAAAAUAAAGAACUCAUGCUGAUUAUUGAAGAUAAUAAGAAAAAAUCACAAGAGUUCAAACACCAUGAUAAAUAUCUGCAAAAACAGAUUAAAGCUUUAAAUGAGCAGAUUGGUGAAAUUGAGGUUCAAAAAGAUAAGGAAAAUGUUAUGUUCCAUGAUCAGAUUGAACAAUUAAAGACGACUCCGGUUGAUAAACUUGAACAAUCAAAACAACUGGUGGAGAUCUACAAUAAUGCAUCAGCUCGGAGACCAAGAAGAGCAACUACUCUCAAAGAAAACCGAGAUGCAUAUAUUGACAAAAUGAAUUUAGAAUCUGACAUAGUUAGAUUUAUUACAAAUUCACAAAUUAAAAAGUCCGAUGUAUCCAUUCCGAUGAAUGCAUCUCAAGCUUUAAAAAGCAAAUAUGCUAUUGAAUGGCAGCAAGCAAUGGAUGAUGAAAUGAAAUCCCAAAAUAAUUUAAAUGUCUGGACUAUUCUUUCGGACCAGGAAAGAAAAGAAAAGCAAGACAUUAAGAUUACAAAAACUAGAUGGGUAUUUGCGGUGAAAACAAAUCAUGAAGGAUUUGUAGAGAGAUUUAAAGCAAGACUGGUCGCUAAAGGCUUUACUCAAACAGAAGGCGUUGAUUAUUAUCUAACGUAUUCACCAACAUUAAAUACCGAAAAUUUAAAAAUUAUCCUUGCAUAUGCCACCAUUCAAGAAAUGAGAAUAUGUCAAUUAGACAUAAAAACUGCUUUCUUACAUGGAACAAUUGAUACCAAUGUGUAUAUCUCCCUUCCAGAAAGUCAAUCAAAAACGAUCGCAAAGUUAAAUAAAAGUAUUUAUGGGCUGAAGCAAUCAGCUAGAAAUUGGUACUUGACAUUGCGAGAGCAGAUAUUGAAUUUAGGUUUCGAAUAUUCUACUCAUGAUCCAAACAUCUAUAUUAAAGAUGAUCACGAUGAUAUUAUUCUGAUUGUGAUAUAUGUUGAUGAUAUCCUCAUUCUGUCCAAAGACGAAGGCAAGUUAAAGGAGACAAAAGACAAAAUAUUGUCUAAAUUUGAAGGAAGAAGCCAAGACGGAAUUGACCAAUUUCUAGGUUUAGUAAUAAACCAAGAUCUUGAAAAAGGAACAUUAUCAAUAAGUACUGAAAAAUAUAUUGAUAAUAUGCUUCAAAACUUCGAUCUCCAAGACAUAAGAACUUAUAAAACGCCUAUGCUUGAACAGGUAAGAUUAGAAGAUGAAACUUCCCAUCUCACCGAAGAGGAACACCAACAUUAUCAACAGCUAGUGGGAACUCUUAGAUAUUUGACAACAGUAUCAAGACCGGACAUUGCGUUUGCGGUUAGAAAGGUUAGUCAUUUUUUAUCUAGUCCUCAAGAACAUCACUUGAAAGCUGUAUAUCGGAUCAUCGGAUAUCUGAAAUAUACGAAGAAUCGUAUGAUCAUGUAUGAUAAGAGAAACACAAAACUGGAGGUAUAUGCUGAUGCUAGUUUCUGUGUGCCUGACGAAAAGUACAAGUCUGUCACUGGAAUAUUAGUAAAAUUUGCUGGAUCACCAAUUUAUUGGCGUACUAAAAGGCAAACAAUUGUAACGACCAGUACAAGAGAUGCAGAAUUGUUAGCAUUGCAUGAAGCUAUUGCCAUUACUGAAAGAAUUAUUCUCAUAUUAAAGUCUGUUGGAUGGAAAUCUUUAAGAAACAAUCCAAUUCAGGUCUAUGAGGAUAAUAGACCGUUAAUUAGUUCAUUGAUUAAUGGCGAUUAUCAAAGAGUGAAGAAUGCUCGAAUUAUGAAUAGAUUUGAUUAUGUUGUUACCGCUAUCGAAUCUAAGAAGGUGGAAUAUCUGUGA